GCAAUCUUCUCAAACGUGGAAAGUAACGAGAUGGUUCGCGUUAGUUUUAAAAAUAUAUUAAUUUUUCUUAUAGUUCGUUUAGAAAUAUCUUUUGCUGUUAUACCAAUGGUGAUUAAUACCUGGAAAUUUCCAACUGCGGCACAGAAAGCCUUUGAAGUAUUAGCUAAUAAUCCAAAUAAAACUGAUGUUGCAUUAGACGCACUUACAAUUGGUUGUAGGACAUGUCAAGAAGAACAGUGCGGUUAUUCCGUGGGUUAUGGUGGAAACCCUGAUGAACAAGGAGAAACAACAUUAGAUGCUCUGAUUUUCGAUGGAAAUACAAUGGAUGCGGGUGCAGUCGGGGGAUUGAGAAGAGUAAAAGAUGCAAUAUCUGUUGCUAGGCAUAUACUAGAUCAUUCAGAACACACUUUGUUGGUCGGUGAUUUGGCUGUUGAUUAUGCUAAAAGUUUCGAUUUUAUUGAGGAAUCACUUCAAACAAAUUAUUCCUUAGGACUGUGGGAAAACUGGUUAAAUAACAGUUGCCAGCCAAAUUUUUGGAAGAAUGUUAUACCAGAUCCUAAAUCGAAUUGUGGACCUUACAACGUUUCAGAAGAAUAUGAUAUAGUCAAAGUUGCGGAGUCAGGCAAGAGCUUCAUUAACUCAGAGAAUCAUGACACUAUUGGAAUGAUUGUUAUUUCUCAAGAUGGUCAUAUUGUAGCUGGGACAUCCACGAAUGGCCUUAGGUUUAAGUUUCCUGGGCGAGUUGGCGAUUCACCGAUACCUGGAGCAGGAGCUUAUGCUGACAGUGAUUAUGGAGCAGCUUGUGCCACUGGUAAUGGAGACAUCAUGAUGAGAUUUUCACCAACUUUUUUAGCAGUAGAACAACUUAGACAAGGAGCUACUCCUGAGCAGGCAGCUCAUACAAGUAUUGCUAGAAUUGCUGAAAAUUACCCAUCAUUUUCUGGUGCCAUUAUUGUUGUUGAUAAAGAAGGGAAUAUAGGUGUAGACUGUAAUGGAAUGGACGAUUUUUAUUUUAGUAUUGCAAAUGAAGAGUAUCCAAACGCUACUUUAGAUUAUGUCACUUGCGAUCACCAACAUGAUAACGGUAGUAAUAAUUUAAUUAUAUCAUUUAAUUUUAUCAUUGUUAUUUUCCUUGUUCAUUUUGUAUAUCACAAUUUAUAAACAGUGAAAUAUUUGUCAAAAUUUAGUCAGUAUUAAAUAUUUAUUCUCA